UAUAUAGAUAAGCAAGCUUCAGAACAGACUGCUAAGAAAAGAAUCUGCAUUGAGAGCAAUGAAAUCCAAACUGGAUAGUUACAGAGAACGUAAUGCCAGACAAAGUUCUCAGAUCUGGUCUUUGAAAGGACAGGUCAAAGAUUUAGAAGAAAUCAAUGCUUCGGCCAAAAGGAUAAGCACUUUAAAAGACAUCAGCAUUGAGAUGCUAGAAAAAGAAAAGUGGGUCUUAAGGGAAAGAAUUUCAGAACAUGAAAGCCUUCAAAGACCUAAGGAGUGCACUCGAUGUCAGUGUGUCAGUAAAUGGCAUGAUCAACAUGAUUUAUUUCUCAAGGAAAAGGAAGUGUCUACAAGAGAGCAAAUGCCAUUCCUCCUUAACUGGGAAAGUAAAACCACCCAGACCCAAUGCCAGAGCUUUAUCCAUCACCUAGCUAUUCUUCUGAGUAACACCCUCAUCACAGUCCCAGCUACAGAAGAAGCUGUGAGAGAAAGGAUACAGGACAUUAUUGCUGAUGAACAGUCUUGGAUAUCCAAAACCAAUGUCCUGCUGCAAGAGAUCCAGUUGCUAACUCUGCAGGUGGAACAGCUGCACCAACUCUAUCAAGAGGCUGUGUGUGACUCACCCCAAACUGAAGAAAAGAUUCGGGAGCAGAAGUCCCUAAAAUUCUCAGAAGGGAAAUGUGCCACUGAUGAUUUCUUUCAAGGAAGAUGGGAUUUAGAGAAAAAGAAAGGAGAAACUCAACGGGAACAAAACAAAAUGAAGACUUUGCUGACAGAAGAGUUGGACAAGAAAUUCACGCAGCAAGAGAAAGAAAAAAGUCAACAGAUUCUAUUGAGUGCUGAGCAGAGUUUGCAGAACCCUACAACAGUAAGCCUGGAAGAAAAGAUGAAGAAACUUAAGAAAGAACUCAGUGAAAUUAAAUUGUCAAAUGAAACCAUGAAAACUCAGCUGAGGAAAGUCAUCAAACUCAAAGAUAAAAUCAUGAAGAAGAUGCGAGAAUCUUUAAAAAUGGUUGAAGCCUUUAAAGAGAAUACAGCUCAAACAACAGACUGCACUGAGCAAGAAGCCAGAGAGGACAUAGAAUGGCCUAUCCCACACAAAGCACCUGAAGAGCCCAUGGAUUUUAGAGAAACUCUUAAGAAGAUGAUGGGCAUCAACACCGAAAUUCCAGACAGAGAAAUCAUUAAUCAACUCAAGCCCAUCUUACAAGCUUAUGAAAUUUCUUUAAUUACAUCUAACAGCAGAUGAAAGGCUACUUUGAUUGUAAUACUGGUCAAGAGAACGAAUGACACAAAAGACAUUUGGUGCUUUGUUAUUCUUCCCUGUCACCAUCCAGACCUAACUAGUUUUUUUUGUAAUUUUUUGUUAAUUGUUUGUAUAUAAGAUAGGUAGAAAAGAUGAUGGGCAUUAACUUCAAAAUUCCAGAGAAGGAAAUCAUUAACCAACUCAAGCCCAUCGUACCAACUUAUGAAAUUUCUUAAUUACAUCUAAUAGCAGAUCAAAGGCUACUGGUGAUUGUAAUAGUGGCCAAGAGAAUGAAUGGCACAAAAGACAUUUAGUACUUUUUUUUCCUUCACUGUCACCAACCAGACCU